AUGACUUUUAUUUUUAUUUUUACAACGUAUAUCCAAGAUGAGCGGCCGCAACUCCUUCAACAGCAAUUCCGUAGUCUCCACGUCGCGACCUCCAGUCCAUGGAUCCAUGUCGACCUGGACAAUGGCACUGCCACGGCGGUUACGACGGAGGCAGAAAUGCAACAGCCGGCACUGGAGUUUCAGCAGAAGCUGGGCCGCAAUCGUCCUGGGACUGUGGUGUCCACGUUCCAACGAUUUGAGGACGUUGAUGUGGCCUGUCUCAAGGCGAUCCUGUGCUUGCAGCCGCCGUGCCGCACCGGCCCACUGCUCCCAAGUUAUGUACAAGUUCUGCGGUCUGCGACGCGCAAUCGCCAGAUUACCUUCGUGUCGCGGUUCACCUUUUUCGAAAACCCAGACCCGGGGGCCGUCGUGGCGAUGCUGGAGCAGGUGGGAGAGGUGCCGAGACGCCAGAGCUCGGCCUUUUCUGCGUGGAUUCAGUCGCCGUCGCAACAGCAGCAGCAGGCGUCUGGACAGUUUGCCGGGACCUUCGGACGGCAGCAGCAGCAGCAGCCACGGUCCCGUGCAGACGAGACCUUGACACCCCGUCAACGCCGUCGCCACCGCCGCCGCCGCCGCCGUCGCAACCACCGCAGCCACCAAAACUGGUAA